AUGAAUAUACAGGCCUCAUUGAAGAAGUUCAAAAAGGAAGAUUUUUCGACUGGGCCUGGAGAAGUAGACGAGCGAGGCGCGCGAUUAUGGGGAAUGGGGCACGAAACGGGGGGUGAGGGAGGAAGCAGGAGGAGUCGAGAUGUGCGAUGUGCGAAGAGGAGAACUGGAAAGAAGGGCCUUGAAGACAGUCCAGGUACAGAGCACUACUAG